AGAGCUCGCUGCUUUGUGCCUGAUACACCUGCAGGGAGAGGCGGAGAUUCAACUGAGUCUAUCAGGUUUUCCUCAACAACACAACAAACAGCAAGUGCAGACAUGUCUGCUGCCAGCUGUCUUCUAUCUGAAGCACAGUUUCUGUGCUCCAUCUGUCUGGAUGUCUUCACCGAUCCAGUCACCACACCAUGUGGACACAACUUCUGCAAAAACUGCAUCAGUCAACACUGGGAUAUCCGUGAGCGGUGUCACUGUCCCAUAUGUAUAAAGUUGUUCAAGAGAAGACCUCGGCUGUACAUCAACACUUUCAUUUCUGAGAUGGUUGCUCAGUUCAAAUGUGAACUUCAGCAGAAAGUCAGCAGCAGCAGCUCAGAGCAACAAGCUGCCAAACCAGGAGAAGUUCCCUGUGACAUCUGCACUGGAACCAAACUGAAGGCCCUGAAGUCCUGCCUGGUGUGUCUGGCCUCCUACUGUCAGACUCACCUGGAGCCUCAUCUGACAAUGAAAGGUCUGAAAAGACAUCAGCUGAUUGAUCCUGAGGAGAACCUGGAAGGCAGGAUGUGUAUGAAGCACGAUAAACCUCUGGAGCUGUUCUGUAAGACCGAUCAGACAUGUGUCUGCAUGCUCUGCUCUGUUUUAGACCACAAGACUCAUGAGUUUGUUCCUAUGAGAGAAGAAUAUGAAGGAAAGAAGGCAGAACUGGGGAAGACUGAGGCUGAAAUUCAACAGAUGAUCACGAAGAGACGACUGAAGAUUCAGGAGAUCAAAAAAUCAGUGAAGAUGAGUAAAGAUGCUGCAGACAGACAGAAAGCAGAAGGUGUUCAGGUCUUCACUGCUCUGAAGGAGUCUGUUGACAGACGCCUGAACGAGCUCAUAGAGGAGAUUGAAGGCAAACAGGAAACAACAGAGAAACAGGCUGAAGGUUUCAUCAAAGAUCUGGAACAGGAAAUCUCUGAGCUGAUGAAGAGAAGCUCUGAGGUGGAGCAGCUCUCACGUUCUAAAGAUCACCUCCACCUCCUCCAAAGCUUCUCAUCCCUGAAACCUGCUCCAACCACCAAAGACUGGACAGAGGUCAGUAUCCAUCCACCAUCAUAUGAGGGGACUGUGGUGAGAGCUGUGGAUCAGCUGAAAGAGACACUGGAUGAAGAGUUUGAAGAAGUGUUUGAGGCUGAGCUGAAGAGGGUCCAGCAGUAUGCAGUGGAUGUGACUCUUGAUCCUGAUACAGCACAUCCUCAUCUCAUCCUGUCUAAUGCUGGAAAACAAGUACACUAUGGUGAAAAGAAGAGGAAUAUUCCAGACAACCCAGAGAGAUUUUCUAAUAGUGGUUGUGUUUUAGGAAAGCAGAGUUUAUCUUCAGGCAGAUUUUACUUUGAGGUUCAGGUUAAAGACAAGACCAACUGGAUUUUAGGAAUGGCCAGACAGUCAGUCAACAGGAAGGAAGUCAUCACACUGAGCCCUGAGAAAGGUUACUGGACUGUAGUUGUACAUAAAAAUAUUUGUUUAGCUCUUGAUGACCCCCAAGUCCCUCUCUUUCUUCAGUCUGAUCUUGAGAAGGUGGGGGUGUUUGUGGAUUAUGAGGAAGGACUAGUUUCUUUUUAUGAUGUAGAUAAUGCAGCUCCUAUCUACUCCUUUACUGGCUUCUACUUUACUGAGAAACUCUACCCACUGCUCUAUUCCGGUGUUAAUGUUGAUGGUGAAAACUCUGCACCUCUGAUCAUCUGUCCUGUCAAUCAGUCUGUUUCACCUGUUUCAAUAGGGAAAUUGAAGUAAUCAUAUAUUUAUCAUGAAAUUUAAACCGACACAGAGAAGAAGCCCUAAAAACAAUACAGUAAUCUGUCCCCACUGAUGACAACCAUGAGAUAUGGUCAGAAGCUGCAGAACAAAUCAGUAAGCUGAUCUUUAGUUGAUAAUUUUAUUCAACUGUUUUCACAAUGGGUGGCACAGUUGUGUGGUCUGUAGCAUUGUCACUACACAGCAAGGAUUAAAAUCCAGUCUUGGGCCUUUCUUUGUGGAGUUUGCAUGUUUUUCCUGUAUUUGCUUGG